AUAAAUAAAUAAUAAAAAAAUAAAUAAAAAGAAAAUUUUCUUUUGGACCCACCACACAGGCGUUUGAUGAGACCCAAUAUCCCCCACUCUUUAGGUCUGCGAGCUUCUACCUCCAGGUCUCCUUUUGUGCCUCUACUCGCAUUUACUGCUUAUAAAAUAAUUACACAACCCUCCCUUUCUGUGAAAACAAAACCCAACUCUCUUUCCCUUCCACACACAUACAACGGAGGAACAAGACGAAGAAGAAGAUGGGCUUACAGAACCAGCUAAACGACUUAUCGUCUGAUUCAAUCCCCUUAUUGCUGCUAGCUCUCAUCGCUAAAUGCGUCGAUCAUCUCCGUUCUUUACUCUUCACCCUCUUCCACUCCUUGGGUCUUUCCCGAUUCGUCCCUUCACGCGGCGUAGUCCACGAUGACCUCUUGGGUUCAAUGGGCUCUGGCCUCGCUGGCCUCAUCGUCCUUACCGAGCAGCUUAAUCUCAACCGCGUUUUCUCUUACAGGUACUGUUGUGGUAGAGGCGAUGUUACCAAUAAGGGAGAAUCGGAUUGUGUGGUGUGCUUGUGCACCCUAAGAGAUGGGGACCAGGUCAGGAAGCUUGAUUGCCGCCAUGUCUUUCACAAAGAGUGCUUUGAUGGCUGGCUUGAUCAUCUCAAUUUCAACUGCCCUCUCUGCCGGUCGCCGCUUGUCUCUGAUGAGCGCGUCGAUUUUGCGCGUAGGCGCGUGGGUGGGGAUUUAGUGAAUUGGUUUUCUAUGCGAUGAAGCGGCGUCCGGCUGAUGGUGGUGAGAUGAGAUGAUCAGCCAAACAGCGGUGGUUUAUGGCAGGUUUAUUUAUUUCUUUUGGAAGUUUUAUGGCAGUUUGGGCCAUAGAUUUUCCCUUUUUUUUAUCCACUUCUCCGUUUUCGAAAAUUUUUUCCUUCUUUUUUAGAGCUCUUGAGGUUUUUUUUUUUUUUCCUUUUUUUUUAUUUUUACUGCUGUGAAUUUUUAGAUUUUACGGUUUGUUACUCGUGUACAAAAGCUUUCUGCUUAUUGGAGUCUUACGAGCCACGUAAA